AUGGCCCACGAGCUGAUGCCUAGGGCAAUCAGGAGCCAUAGCAGACAAGACAGUCUGCAAGGCCUGCCACUGGAGGCCUCUGGGCCCAGAGCGCAGGGUUCCCCCAACAGGUGGGCCUCAGAUCGUUGCUCCCUCCUCUGUCAUCUUUCACCAGAGGCCGCCGGAGCACUGGGGGACACCCAGACUGAGUCAAGGGACCAGCUCGUCCGGGAGCGGGAUGAAGCCAUUGCCAAGAAGCGGGCCCUGGAGGUUGAGCUGGAUGCCUGCAGGGCCAAGCUGUGUGCUGUGGAGGCCCAGUUGCUGGAAGUCCUGCAGGAAAAACUGAGGCUAAGCCAGGAGGUGGAGGCCUGGGAGGAAGAUAUGCAGAGGAUGGUCCAGCAGCAGGUGGAGAGGCAGCUUCAGAGAGAGGCUGGAGUCUCGCUGAGAGCCCCCCUGGACCGUGGAGCCCCCAGAGCUCCCUGGGGCCAAUUCCCUCUUGGUCGGUGGGGGUACUGGCGAUGAGAGAGCUCUGCCCAGGAUCUUGGGGGACAGUGUUUAUUAUUAAAAUGGGAGGUCUCAGCUCCUCUGCAGCCC